CACUUUAUUUGUGAUAAAGUUUGCAUAUACAGAUAUGCCUAUUCAAGAUUCUUGGCUCCCUUUUUUCCUAAAUUAAACAUAAGCAUCAAAAUGUCGCCAGACUGUAUUUGUGACCUUAUUUCCAGCCUACCCACAUCUUCCACUUCUUUCAAUAGUUUUCAAUAAAUUCAUUUUUUCAGCUGAAUUUAGCAAGUAGUUUCAUUUUUGGGAAAAAAGAUUGAAUCUUUGUGAAAAUCCCCAACACCCUUCUUGGCAUAGAUCUGUUCUGCUGCUGUUGGAAUUGGUGAAGUGAUUUGUGGGGGAGAAGAAAGGUGGGAACUGGAGAAGAAAAAGGGAUUCUUGAUUGGUUUGAACUAUGAAGGGCUAUUUUAGAGGGGGUUUGGGCUUGUUGCUGCAUUUGAUUUUCUUUAUGUUUGUUUUCUCUGUUGAGGCUCAGAAAUUGGCUUUUGUAAUAAAUUGUGGGACAAAUUCUAGUGUGAAUGUGGAUGGGAGGAGAUGGACAGGUGAUGCUGCUGCAGGAAACAAUGUCACCCUUAGUUCUCCUGCUGGGAUUGAGGCCUCAACUAGUGUGUUCAAUGGUGAUGGAGUCUACGAGCCGUUGUAUCGAACGGCUAGGAUUUUUAGUGAGGGUUUGAACUAUACUUUUCAAGUUCCUAAUGAGAAUUAUUUUCUUAGGCUGCAUUUCUAUCCAUUGGUAGUUGAUGGAUACAAUGUGAAUGAGUCUUUCUUUUCUGUUGAGGCCAACGGUUUGAGGUUGGUUUCGGAGUUCAAUGUUCCCGGUGAGAUUGCAGAUAAAAAUCAGAACUUGCCUGGAUCUGAAGCAGCCAACUCUAGCUAUACCUAUUUGUUGAAGGAGUAUUUCUUGUCUGUGGAGUCGAAUGUGGUGGUUGUGAGCUUCGUCCCAUCGAAGGGGUCGUUUGGUUUUGUGAGUGCUAUCGAGGUUGUUGAGGUGGGGGAUAGGCUGUUUGAUGAUUCGGUGACAAGAGUUGGGGGGAAUGGUGGGGGUGGGGCGUUGGACUUGGGGAAACGAGGGAUGGAGACGAUGUAUAGGUUGAAUGUUGGUGGUCCGUCUAUUAGGCCCUCCCAUGAUUCGCUUCUGUGGAGGACUUGGGAGAUGGAUUCGGGUUAUAUGAUCAAAGUGGAUGCUGGUACCGUGCCCAACACCAAGGCUAAUGUGACGUAUGCCAAUCCAAACGACACUGUUGUGGCUCCUCUCGCGGUGUAUGAGUCUGCAAGGGUGUUGACGAAUGCUGGAGUCAUGGAGAAGAGAUUCAACAUGUCGUGGAAGCUGGAGGUGCAUCCGGAUUUUGAUUACAUGGUUCGUCUGCACUUUUGUGAAGUGGUGUUUGACAAUGCAAAUCAGAGGGUGUUUAGAAUAUUCAUAGACAAUAAAACUGCUGCUGACAACUUUGAUGUGUACGCGCGAGCUGGGGGGUUGAACAAGCCGUAUCAUGAGGAUUACCUCGACUCUAUCUCCUCGAGCAGCAACUUCCUUUGGAUACAGCUUGGUCCUGAUCCCACAACGGGGUCUGCUGGGACCGAUGCUAUAUUGAAUGGUUUGGAGGUUUUCAAGCUUAGCCGGAGUGGAAAUCUCGCCUAUGUAGAGACUUAUACCAAUGUAAACGAGAAGAAAGCUUCGAAAAGUUUGAUCCUGUGGAUUGGCAUUGGAGCAGGCAUCGCCUCAAUCGCCAUUCUUGCAGCUACUUGGGUGCUCGUGUUUUGGUUCUGCAAGAAGAAAAGAGAAGAAAACGACACCAAGAAGGGCCCUCCCGGGUGGCGCCCUCUGUUCCUCCAUGGAUUCAGUACUGCGAAUGCUAAAGGGUCAUCAACGAACUAUCAGAACACAAACGGGCAGAACGGGACUAUUCGGUCAGGGAGGCGUUUCACGUUAGCUGAGAUUAGAUCAGCAACAAAUAACUUUGAUGAGAGUCUAGUGAUUGGAGUGGGGGGAUUUGGGAAAGUUUUCAAAGGCGAGAUUGGCGAAGGCGUUCUUGGAGCGAUCAAACGAGCCAAUCCGCAGUCUCAGCAGGGGUUGAAAGAGUUUGAGACGGAGAUUGAGAUGCUGUCGAAGCUAAGACACAGGCAUCUAGUCUCGUUGAUUGGAUUCUGUGAUGAACAGAACGAGAUGAUCCUGGUGUAUGAGUAUAUGGCUAAUGGAACUUUCAGGAGCCAUCUGUUUGGGAGCGACUUGCCCCCGUUGAGUUGGAGGCAACGGCUAGAGAUCUGCAUUGGUGCCGCGAGAGGGCUACAUUACCUCCAUACUGGUUCGGACAGAGGCAUCAUCCACAGAGACGUGAAGACGACCAACAUCUUGUUGGAUGAGGAUUUCGUCGCCAAAAUGGCUGAUUUCGGGCUGUCCAAAACCGGCCCUUCGUUGGAGCACACGCACGUGAGCACCGCAGUGAAGGGAAGCUUCGGUUAUCUGGAUCCCGAGUACUUCAGAAGGCAGCAGCUGACUGAGAAAUCAGACGUCUACUCCUUUGGCGUAGUCCUAUUCGAAGCUGUCUGUGCACGAGCCGUGAUCAACCCAACGCUACCUAGGGAGCAGAUCAAUCUUGCAGAGUGGGCCAUGCGUUGGCAACGGGAGAAUUUACUCGAGAGAAUACUUGAUCCAACGCUGAGAGGCGACUACUCACACGAAUCACUGAUGAAGUUUGGCGAGAUCGCUGAGAAAUGCCUUGCGGACGAGGGGAAGUCCCGGCCGACCAUGGGGGAAGUCCUGUGGCACUUGGAAUACGUCUUGCAGCUGCAAGACGCUUGGCUGCGCGACAAUGCUGGCGGAGAAGACUCGGCCACUGCCUCAACAAUGCUUGAUCAGAGUAUGCACACCAUUGAUGAGACGGGGCACGGGCCUGUUGUGGAGUCGGAUGCAGAAUCAUCCUCAAAGACCGAUGAAUCGAGGGAUCCGCUGGAUCCUAUGGUGGUUGGAGCUGAUGAAUUCUCGCAGAUGCUAAAGCAGGAAGGGAGGUGAAAACUAUGAUGAUUGAUUUGUCAUGUAAUCCCAUCAUGUGGAUGAAUGCGCAUAUGCAUUCGAGGCUGUGGGGGUUCGUCGUUUAAAAUCUGCAACGCGAAAACAGUGGACGAAGGCGAAGGCGAAGGUGGUGGCAACAAAGGCAGCCACCAUAGUUAGUAUGUAGCUCCUUAUGAAUGGCUUUUUUUUAUGAGAUUUGUUGCUAUGUAGCCUUAUAAUUAUGCCCAAUUCUUUCAUUCUUGUUUUUGACGUCUGAAACUGUUGAAUUUUUACAUGAUGUUUCGGCUUUUUGUUGUGAGGGAAGGUCAGGCCAUCUUCCUACAGUGACUGCAGAUAGCAGACACCAUUUGUGUAAGUUUGAGUUGUAAGGAUUUGUUGCAAAGUUGGAUAUUUGUAUCAGUUAUAAUC